UUUGAUGACGCAGGUGGCCACUGACCUGUUUUGUGAAUUGCAGAGAAAGAAAACGCAGUUGAGUUGAGAGAAGCUUUGAAAGAUACUUUAACUACAAAAACAUGAAGGGGCUCUCUACCACCGUGAUUGGGAGUAUGCCAAAACCCGAAUAUCUUCAAAUUCCUUGUUGGGUGAAAAAUGGCAAGGAAGUCAUAGAUUUCGUCAAGGAAUACAACACCAUCAUGGCCGGCAAACAUUCUGAAGAUAUCGAGAAUCAACUCACAAGGGCAACACAUGAAGUCAUUGACCUACAGACGGAUGUUGGGUUGAAAACAAUCACAGAUGGGGAGUUACGCAGGGAAAAAUACAUUUACACUUUCUGUCGCAGCCUUAAUGGCUUUGAUUUUGUAAAUACCAAGAAAAAGAUUUGCAGGAAUGGCGCUUGGGAAGGGCUUCUGCCAACGAUUGUGUCAAAAGUUUCGCACAAAGAAGAACCAGGUUUCAUGGCAAAAGAGUGGAAGUGGAGCCAAAAUAUGAGUGAAAGGCCCAUCAAAGUGACGGUUCCAGGACCAAUGACGAUCAUGGACACCUUUUGUGAUGACUUUUACAGUAACGACGAAGAGUUGUUAAACGAUCUUACUAAAUGCAUCAACAUUGAGCUGAAAUUGUUAGCAGAGGCAGGAUGCAAGGAAAUUCAGGUUGAUGAGCCAGUGUUGAUGAGGUACCCCGAAAAAGCACUUGAAUUUGGAAUCAAAUAUUUGUCAGCCUGUAUCGUUGAAAUGCCAAAGGAAGUUUUCAAAACAGUGCACGCCUGUUGUGGAUAUCCACAAUAUUUGGACCAAACAGACUAUGAAAAGGCUGACAAAGGAGCCUAUUUGAAAUUGGCGACUUGCCUGGAAAAUUCUGGGUUCGAUGCACUGUCAAUUGAGGAUACGCAUCGCAGAAAUGAUCCCGAGCUCUUCAAAGCUUUCAAGAAAAUCAAAGUCGUGCUUGGAGUUAUUGACGUUGUCAAAAGUCGAGUGGAAACAGUUGAAGAAAUCCGCCAACAUAUAUCAGAUGUUUUGAAGUACAUUCCCAAAGAACGUUUGAUCAUUGCUCCAGACUGCGGAAUGUUGUUCUUGCCUCUCGACCUUGCCGAGCAGAAGUUGACAAAUAUGGUGAAAGCAGCAAGUUUAUUUUAAAAAAAGCGUGUUUGCAUCGUGUUUUAUAAAUUUUGGGCGAUUUUCACAAUUCGACUCAUUGCUUGUUAAAUUAAGUAGAAUUAAGUAGAUUAACUUUCCUAAACGUAGGUUGAAUUUGUUAUUUGGUUCAUAAAUGUUGUUAUCAACGAGGGUUGAGAAUUGCACGCAUUUAUUGACAUGAAACGGCCAAUAAGGAAACCUAGACCUAAUAUAACCAAAAGAUUAUAAAAAAUAAUACUGAUCAACACCAAAAUUAAGAAACUGCUUGAAAAUACAAAUGUACGUAAACUGCUCGCAUACAUACAUGAUCAAUGCAAUAUCUUAUCAUAGCAAGAGAUUGAGCUCGAAAAACUUUCCGUCGAAUUCUUAUUUAUCGCUUCAAAAUCUCUUAAUACAGUUAUGACAUCAAAACAUUGUGUCGCUUUGCAACUGAAUUCCAUAUCCCAAUGGAAGCUCUCUUCCUUGACAAAAAUAUUAAACUCUUUGAAUGACAGCAUUUGAUUGAGUGCUGGUGACUGAGAUAUAACACACAACAUAUGACUAAUCUAUUCAGUAAUGUUGUUAAGAGAUACAAAUCACAGUAUGACGUCACGGUAUAGCCUUGCCCAGACCCCAGCUUUCCGACAACGUCUUAACAUAAUCAUGUUUCAAUAAAUCAUAUCUAUAUUUCACCCAUAACUUGACUUUGAAAGUUUUUUAUACGUAAAGAUACUUACAGCUAGGCCCAGGCCACCAGGAGUUUUCUGCAUCCAUGCAAAUACUAGAAAGAAACAGAUGGAAAUGUAUUAAAAUAUGUUCAAGGUACAUUUGACGCGCAAAGUGUUCACACUUACAUGAUAAGUCUAAUUAAAGGAACAUGGUUCUUAUUUAAAUGGUAUUUUGGUGAUUUGGUGCCAGCAUAAAAAUUGCAGUUAACACUUCAUUGAUUUUAGGUAGCUAUGCAAUUCCCCUAAAAAACAACCGUUUUGUUUCAUUUCUGAUUCAGUUGCCUUUCAAGUAGCAAAAUUAAUAUUGAAGACUUAAAUUUAGGCUGAAUAUUUGAUUACCAUGCACUAGUCUGGGGACCGGAUACAUAAAGCUUGAAAAUGGAUGUACUAGAAGCAUACUGAGCAACAAGCCCCCCUUACAAUACCACUCUGAUAACAAAACAACGGCCUACACAUAGACCUUGUCGAAUUUAAGAGCUGAAUGAGCAUUCGACUCGUUCCUUUGUGUGCUAUAGAUAGCUUAGUUGUUUUGCUUUUAAAAUAUCUGAUAAUCCAGACAUACGACAAUGUAUGGCUAAAGGUUACCUAGUCUGCCAAAAUACAAUUGUGACACAGAACAGAAAUUAGGCAGAAGGGGAACUCCUGCCUAUCAGGUGAAGCCUGAUAAAACCUGCGCAUGCGUUAACUUAUACGAGGCUUAGCAUGUAUCUGUCGGGGAAAUUUUAAAGAAGAAUGAAAGGAGACAACUUUAUUUGAGACGAAAUGCCCCAUGAUAGUGAACAAAUUCAAUUAUGUAUCAUAAUUCGUUUAUAUCAGAUUAAUGAAUGAUAAUUUGUCAUGGCUAAGUUCGUCUAAUGAGAUCGAGGUUAAAGGGGAGUUAAGGAAUUCUAUUGUUGACUCGGGCUUCAAAAAUAACAAAGGAACCGACAAGAGUUACCCUUCUGCCUAUUUCCUAUUCUGUGAUUGUGAUUUUCACCUUCCAUUUUGCAAGGGUGAUUCAUAAAUUGAAACGGUUGAAAUGUGGAGAGACUUGAAUAUGAGAGUGUCUUGACCAAACCCUAUUUAUCCACUAGGGAUCCUUUCAAUGGUCAUAAUUUCAAUCAUACAUACAAUCGAAUCAUGAAUACUACCAACAAAUACAGCAAAGCACUUUUUGUUGUACAAAAUGAACUUUCAAAAAAAGGAAAGUUUUACAAGUUUUCUAAAGAGUGAAAGCUUCUGAUGUCCUCUUGAUUACACGUCUCCGUCAAUAAAAUACCCUGAACCCAUAUUUGCUUGCAAUUGUAUAACGAUUGAGGUCUAAUGAAUGAGAACAGCACGGUAGUCUGUAGAUGGUUGGAUGGUAGAAGUAAAUGUUAAUUUAUUUCUUUCAAUUAAUUAGAAACUUAGAGAAGUUGUCUUUUUAUCGUUUGAUUUUGGUAUAAACGAACCUUAUUAAGCUUUGAGUGUCAAAAACAUAACCUCUUUUGGACUUA